AAAUUCCUUGACUAGAACACGGAAGUAGGAUUGGAUACGACUGUGUCACAGACAGAAGGGGAUUUAGUUAUACAUGUCUUUGACUUUGUUUUGAAUUCCUUGCGUGGAGUAACGAAAGAUCAACUGACUAAACUGAAGACUGAAAAUGUCUAAACUACAGUUGCUGCGUGUGUUUUUGAAUGAUCGUUUAACGGCGGCUGCUGUGGAGAUUUUCGGUGCAGUUGAGAAAACGGUAGUGGAGUACCAGGAGGAGAAUGAUCGGCUACGGAGACUGCUGCGGAUCACACCGGAGGUACCACUAUGUAGAAUAGACUCCCUGCAGCUCUCUGUCUCUGAAGAGGAGUUUCCCCCUGAGCAGCAGCACUGUGAGCAGGAGUGGAGCCCCAGUCUGGGGCAGAAGGACCCAGAGACCAAACAGAUUAAAGAGGAAGAGGAGGAAGUCAGGACCAGUCAGGAGGAAGAGCAGUUUCAAGGUCUGGAGCCUGAUAUCAUGGAGUUCAUAUUCACUCCUUCAGGUGUGAAAAGUGAAUGUGAUCAGGAGGACCCACUUCAGUCCUUGACUCUUCGCCAAACCCAGACUGUGGAGAACAGAGAAGGUGACUCUAAACCAGUGGAUCUCCAACUUUUCGCCACUGUGACCCACAUUAAGGGUCUUGACAUUCACUGUGACCCUCCAGAUACACAAAAUAUUGCCUUCAGCCACAGCUCAGCCGUAAUCAGCAACCCAGUAGGACUCGACAGCAGCCCAUCAUUGCAUCCAAACCCACCAUUGGAUCCAAACCCACCAAUGGGGGAUCACUAUUCCAAACUCAGCACCACGUCCAUAAAAACUCACCACUGCCAUGACUGUGGUGAAAUGUUUCCUCUGAAAGCUGAACUGCAGAGACACGUGACUCUUACCAAGAAUAUAAUCAGCGAAUGCCGCUUCUGCAAUAAACAAUACAAUUCCACCUGUAAAUUGAAGACCCAUAUCCAACUCUGUCACAUUGAGAUAUCCUGCACAUGCCCUGUUUGUGGCAAGACCAUCAAACACAAAGGAGAUCUGUCCAGGCACAUGAGUAUUCACACAGGAGAGAAACCAUUUAAUUGUGGUGACUGUGGAAAAAGCUUCAAUCAGAAGGGGCACCUGAACUUGCACAUACUGAGUCACACAGGAGAUAAACCAUUUAACUGUAGUGACUGUGGGAAAAGCUUCUAUCAGAAGGGAGAUCUAGGGAAUCAUAUGCUGACUCACACACAAGAGAAACCAUUUAGCUGUGGUGACUGUGGGAAAAGCUUCUAUCAGAAGGGACACCUCACAGAUCAUAUACGAACUCACACAGGAGAGAAACCAUUUAGCUGUGGUGAUUGUGGGAAAAGCUUCAAUUUAAAGGGAAACCUAAGAAAGCAUAAACUGACUCACACAGGAGAGAAACCAUUUAGCUGUGGUGACUGUGGCAAAAGCUUCAGUCAAAAGACUAACCUGCUGACGCAUGUCAAAAACAUCCACAAAGGAAGAAAACAGGAUGAAUAGUGAAAGAAUAAAGAAAAUUAGGAUAAAUAUGUUCAGUCAGAAGAUAGGAAUAACAGGCAGGAUGUGGACAACACUCGUAGGAAAGGAAAGCUACUCUGGAUAAUUUAUGUGGUUGGUUCGAGAUCAAUAGAUGGUGGUGUGAUGGAUUUACUAUUGUAAAACAUUCUAUAUGAAUACAGUUUGAUUUGAAUUAUGAUGUAAUGCUUAAACAUUACACAGCAUUGUAGGAAGCUCACAGGUCUGCUGUUCAGUCUGUUUUCACGUUAUUAGAAACAGGAAUUCCUGGUAAUUUGUUUUCGAAUGUCUCCUAGGUGAUGAGAGAAUGGUCCGACUGAUGCCAUUGACACAUUAAAACGUUAAAACACUUUCUGUAAAAUAUCUCAUCAAACUAUUUCCCAUCGAUUUUUGACCUAAUCCUGCUCAUUCAUGAUAUUGAUUUCAGAUUUUAUGGAGUAAUGAUAUACAGUAGACUCCUGAGAAUUGAUUAAAAGCAUUCCAGGUGAAGCUGGUUGAGAGAAAAUAGUCACAAUAAAGAAAAACCCUUGAAUAAG